GGAGUGAUGAUGGUAGUCCAGGUGGAAGGAAUAUAAGCGCACGGCUCCCGCCUCUUCUGGCACCCAACCAUGGCAGAACCCGCAUGGCAAGAACUCGUACGUCUGCGUCUCACUGAACGGAAUGCCAGAGAGUCUGCUUUUGCGUCCAUAAUUGAACAAUAUCGUAGAUUGGCGCAGCAAACCAAGCUUCUCAAGGAGCGUAAUGGAUCUCUCUUACGAGCAGUCAACACAGUUAAGGGAAACCCUAGCAGCUCAACGGUGUUUGUAGCAGGAACUGGCGAUGAUAACAACCCGGUCCGUGCAGCUUAUAUUGCAUCCCUCGAGUCCCAGAUAUCUUCUAUGCGCGAUGAACUGGCUGGUGUAUACAAAACCCAAGGCCAGAAUACCCAAAGGCUACUAUCGAUGACUGAAACAUUACGAGAGAAAGAGGAAUUGUCCAGAGUGGACGCCGAGGCCUUGAGAAAGGCCAAAGAUGAACUUGCCAACCUCCGGAAAAAGGUGACUCAACAUGAUGAACUUAUGUCGGAAAAGGAUGGGACCGUCCAGAUUUUGCACGACGAAAUCAGUACUCUACAGCUUGAGCUGGGACAGAUCGAAGAACGUAAUGCGACUCUCAAGAGGGAUAAUGCAAAACUACUUCAGCGUUGGUUAGACGCUAAACAGGUUGAAGCGAAUAAGAUGAAUGAAGCUAACGAGUUCUAUGAGGACAUGCGCUCACGUCGACAGGCAGCACUAGAUGGGGACACAACAGGAGACAGCGCAUCUCAAACUUCGUCAGUUUCGGGAAACGGGGAUGUGAUCAACAUCGAAGCUUCGAAGGAGACGAAGGAUGGGAGACGAUCUCCAGUAACGAAGGGCUUGGAUUCGACGCCAAAUGGUUAAUUGUGGAUGACGAGUGACCUUUCUUCGCAUGACUAAUACCUCUUUCAUCUCAAAUAUCCCUAGUGUCAAUUAAUCUUGUGAAAAAUGCCAUCGACAAGCUUUCAUU